CCUGACUGUCUCACUGACGAAGAUUCGGGUGAAGAAGAUAAUGUAACUUUGAAUAAUUUGCCACGAAACAUUCUGCUUCAACCGGCUGAAGUAAUGAUUCAAGGGCAGAUUAUGGUGAGUGAUGCAGAAGAAGAACCUUCUGAUUCUACAGGUCGAACUAAACGUAGGCGUACCUACGCAUGGAGAAAACGGGACUUGGCAAAAAAUCCCGUGAAUUGGCCAGAUGUUCAAGGCGCUUGCCAAGAUAAGCGCCCAAUUGAGUGGUUUGAAAACUUUUUAGAUGAAGAUGUUAUUUCGUUGUUGGUGUCAGAGAGCAAUAAAUAUGCUGUCAAAAAGAAUUUUCCUGGAGACAUAACCACUGAAGAUAUGAAAUGUUUCAUCGGCAUAUUAUUGGUUAGUGGUUAUUCAUGGCUCCCCCGUAGAAGAAUGUAUUGGGAAAACUCCCCUGAUACAAAGAAUGAGUUGAUCAGCUCGGCUAUGACUAGGGAUAGAUUUGACUUUAUUUUUCGCCACCUUCAUGUCAAUGAUAAUCUGGAUUUGCAAGACAAAUACACAAAAGUACGCCCCCUAGUUACACUUCUAAAUAAAAAGUUCUUAGAGUUUUCUCCUCUUGAAGAGCAUUACAGUGUAGAUGAGGCCAUGAUCCCCUACUAUGGUAGACAUGGCUGCAAACAGCACAUAAAAGGUAAACCUAUUAGGUACGGGUUCAAAGCUUGGGUUGGUGCUACACGGUUAGGGUUUGACACGUUGCAAGAAAUGUGAUGUUGGAGUGUGUGUCAAGUGUUUUGAAACGUAUCAUUCAUAAAUAGUG